AUGAGAGGUUCGACCUCCUGCCUAACUCUAAUAAGUGCUUUCUGCUGCAUCGGUGUGCGUUGUUUCCCUCCUGCUCCCGGACAGUCUCGGCCCCUCCUCACCUGCCCUGGACUCCGUCGGCCCCACGGCCGGAGGCGGAGCCGCCACCCGCACCCAGCUCCCUCACUGCGCCCCUCGGGGCCUGCCGCGCCCUCCCGGCGGCGCCUGGAGCCUACCCCUGCCCAGGGCUCGCCUCCCGUGAGUUCCCUCUCCCCUUUAGGUCGCCGCGGCGCUAUUCCUCUCCCUCCUCCUGGCGGAGGCGCGGGUCCGAGGGCCGGUGGCGGCAGCAGCAGGGGACGCAGCCAGCCGGGCCCCGGGUCCGCCGCCGCUCCCUCGCGGGAGGGCAGGGCCGGUGCGCUCCCGCCGCGCCGAGCAGCGUUCCGGGAGAGGCUUCUUGGCGGCCGAGGGCUUUGUUCGGCUGCGGGCUCUCUGAGAGCUCAGCAGCGGCCUCUCGGCGCUCCGCUCCCUUUCCCUCCCUUCCCUUUCCCUCCCCUCGGGAAAGGGGCCCCCUGCCCUCCCGCGGCCGCGGGACCCGCAGCGCCCCACGCGCCGCGCCAGCCCCCGGCACGAGCGCGCUCCCCUCAGCGCUUCCCGCCCUCAGCCCGCGCUGCGCCGGCCCGGCGCUGUCCCCACAGCCGCCAGGGAGCCCGGCCAGGCCAGGAGAGGGACCCGCACAUUGCCGACCACCGGUGCUUGUCGCCUCUCCCUCACGUUUGUGGUUUCACCUGCCUGGGGUCGAAUCUGCCCUCCUCACCUCUAUAG